UGAUAACUCUGAAGAUGUUUACAAGUUAAUGUAUAAACACUUUGGAUUUGUUGUUUGUCAUGGACCUAGUAAAGUGGUGGAGAGUGGCACAGGUGUAAUUGUUAGUAAAGGCUGUAUUCCAGCUGGUAGCAUUACAUCAAUUUAUCCAGGCACAAUUUAUCACCCAUAUGACCCGAUUUUUCUUCAGUCCAUCAACAAUUCAUUCAUCUUCCGUUGCCUCGAUGGACUUUACAUUGAUGGCAAUGAUAAAGGAUUAUCAAAGAUUAUAUUCAGAUCAUGCUCACAAAGAGACCGUGCUGGACCUUACUUGGUUAGCGAUAUGUCUUGGUUGACCUCCGACCUGUUAAAUCCUCUGUCAGUUGGCCAGUAUGUCAACAACCAGACAAGCAGAUUUCCGGCCAAUGUAGCUUAUCAAGAAAUUGAUUUUCCUGCGGAGUUUCCAUUCCAUUUCCGAAAAUAUCUACCACAUAUAUUUUACAAUGCAAGUUUUGAAAGUGGGCAAAGCUCAAGCAGCAGAAUUCUUUGAUCGAUUGUAUUAGUUUCUUUGCGAGACAUCGCCGAGGGAGAGGAGCUAUUAUCGUCUUAUUUCAACAUUGUUCAUUGAUAAAUUUACAAUAUCAGUUGCUUUUUGUGACAUGUACCAGGAGCUGCUUAUAUUUUUUGGAGAUGUUUUGCCAAUUGGAAACUUUCUGAUGACUGAACUGAAAUAUGUAGGAGCAAACUGUGACUGUUAUGAAAAUUGUUGUAGAAACAGGGAAGAUAUUUUUUGAAACCAGUGCCAACAGUAGGUCCAGGGAUUACCCCCGUCCAUCAACAUCAACCAUUCUACUACUUUCUAUCCAUUUUGCCAUUUCUAUCAUUUCAUGUUUGUAGUUCAGUUUUGGUAGUUAAAAUAAAGGUUAAGACAGAGAGUACUGAGCAUUCGUUUGUUAUGAUGAAAAUAAAAUAUUGAAUUGAAUUCAUAGAGUGCCAAAUUGUGAAAUCGAUAUCAUAUUUGAAUAUGUAAAUAUGUUGAUUUAAUUUAAUUAUAUUGUAUGUAAAUAUGAAUAGCCUCUGAUUAAAGAUUAAUUCAUUUAUAGAUCUAAAUAUUACUUCAGUUUUUCACUUCAAUCGAUUAGAAUUCAUCCAACUAACUGGUAAAUAUUUAUACUUAUCACCAAUCUUGGACAAUGAUAGUGUGCAGGUAGAGAGAGUAAUAAAAAUACCUAUCUACUGUACAAUUUUUACUGUUGAUUAGAUUUUUUGUCGCAAGGUGAACUUAAUCACACAACUGUGGAAACCAUAGCAUAUUGACUACUUUAAUUACAUUACAUAAAAUACUGAUCUGUUCGAAUAUCAGUGGUUUUCAUUUUCUUUUGUCUCGGAGUUGAGUCUGAUAUUUCUGUUUCUUCAAUCAAUCAAUUAUAGGCCUCCUAAUGUUUGAUUUUGGACUUCCACUUGGCAAGAUACUAUAGUAUAUAAUAUAUAACCUUAUUACCAUAUACUGGGUCAAUGAUUAUUCAGCAAUAAUAUAAUAAUAGGCUUUGUUUAAACAUGGAAAAGCUUGCAUUACCUGAAGGUGUUCUUCUACAAGGCCGUGAUAUUGAUGAAAUACUGAAAAGAUUAACACCAUUAACUAAACAGUUUUGAAAAACAAACAAACAAACAAACAAAUUUAAAAACUUACACUACACCACUGGGUAAUAACUGUUUAAAUGAAUAAACAUUUGUUGCAUUUUGAACUGCACUUUCAAGACUAUUCCAUAAUUUGGCACCACGAUACAAAAAACUUCGCUUUUUGUACUCCGUUUUGGGUUUUUCCAAACACAAGACAUCAUUAGAUUUUGUAUGGUAUUUUUCUUCCCUAGGUUUAAAUAAUGUGUUUAAAUAUGGUGUGCAAAGUAAAGAGCUGUAUCAUCUGCAUACAUACUAAUUUGUACACUAUUUACAUACUUUGGUAGAUCAUUCGCAUUUAAAUAACAGAGGACCCAAAAAUUGAUUCCUGAGGGAUUCCUCCACAUACACUAUUAAGAUUUUCAUUAUCUGUUUAUUGUUACAUUAAUGUCAUCAAAUUUUGGUUACAUUUAUUAAUUACUGACCAAUCUAGAAUUUUAUUUUUCAAUGUUAUAAUUUUCUACUUAGAAAAACCGAAAGAAAUGAAAUAUGCUGGGUGCAUCAUGUCUAACAUCUACUAUGUCGUAUUGGUUGUGGUGAUACUUGGUUCUCACAGGGUAACGAAGACAAAAAUACAUUACUUUCUAAAGUUGCUUUACGUUUAUCUGACAUCGAAAACCAGAAAUUUAAUUCAGAAAAUAUGUCUUCAUCAAUAAUGAAUUAUUAUGUUCAAUUCAAAAGUA